UUUGAAGCAUUAGGGGAAUGACUCAGAACUAACGUGGCCAAAAGUUAACCAUCUUCUCCUGCGCCUCUCUUCUAAAACCCCGCCUCCACUCACGACGGCCUUACCGCCGCCGGAACCACCGCAUUCCAGUCCCAACCACCACUCUCUCUCCGAUUCCACAAACCCACUCGAGCUUUCUGCUUCCCACCCAUUGCCCGCGGAAGCAAAAGUUCGUAUCAAAUUCGUAUAGUACCUUCCAAGUUUCCACUACGCCAAACCCCUCUCAUAUUCUCGUUAUCGAUAACCAGAGUGUCACGAAUUCGAGAAUAUCUCGCUCGCUUUUCUGCUUCCCCUUUCUCAGCGUUUCGCGAGCUGGUUUUUCUGAGUGUUGCGUUGAAGUUACGUUUGUGUGGGGAUUUUUGUGAAGUUUUUGAACUAAUGGCCGCAUGUUCUUCUAGGAAGCUACUGAGAGAUGUUUUAGUCAAAAGGGUAUUCUCGAAUCGAAUCCCUUGCGCUAAAUGUUUUUCUUCUGCACCACAAAGUGCUCCUAAGAUCGGUUAUUAUUCGAAGAAGGGAAGGUUGUUUACAGGAGCUACCAUAGGCCUACUUAUAGCUGGGGGAGCUUAUGUGAGUACUGUGGAUGAAGCUACUUUCUGUGGAUGGUUGUUCAAUGCAACAAAACUUGUGAAUCCCUUUUUCGCUUUGCUGGAUGCUGAGAUUGCACACAAUCUUGCCGUCUUAGCUGCAGCUCGUGGUUGGGUUCCAAGGGAGAAGAGGCCUGACCCGUCAAGCUUAGGGCUUGAGGUUUGGGGAAGAAAGUUCUCCAAUCCAGUAGGUCUUGCUGCAGGCUUUGAUAAAAAUGCUGUGGCUGUAGAUGGUUUACUUAGUUUGGGCUUUGGCUUUGUAGAGGUUGGCUCUGUUACUCCGGUCCCUCAGGAAGGCAAUCCAAGGCCUCGUAUCUUCAGGUUGCAAAGUGAAGGUGCUGUUAUAAAUAGAUAUGGCUUUAAUAGUGAAGGAAUUGUUGCUGUUGCAAAGCGGUUAGGUGCUCAGCAUGGUAAGAGAAAACUAGAUGAAACUCAAAGCAGUUCAACUUCUUCCAAUAAUGAAGUCAAACAUGGUGGAAAGGCUGGCCCUGGCAUUCUUGGUGUCAAUCUUGGCAAGAACAAGACAAGUGAAGAUGCUGCAGCAGACUAUGUUCAAGGGGUUCAUACAUUGUCUCAAUUUGCUGAUUACUUGGUGAUUAAUGUUUCGUCUCCAAAUACCCCUGGCUUGCGCAUGCUUCAAGGAAGAAAGCAAUUGAAGGAUCUUGUGAAGAAGGUUCAAGCUGCUCGUGAUGAAAUGCAAUGGGGUGAGGAGGGUCCCCCUCCAUUGCUGGUAAAAAUUGCUCCAGAUUUAUCAAAAGAAGACCUUGAAGAUAUUGCUGCAGUUGCCUUGGCUCUUAACUUGGAUGGACUGAUUAUAUCAAAUACAACUAUUUCAAGACCAGAUCCUGUCAGCAGAGAUCCAUUGGCUUCAGAAGCUGGUGGCUUGAGUGGGAAGCCUCUCUUCAAUCUCUCUACCAAUAUCUUGAAGGAGAUGUAUACCUUGACAAGGGGCAAAGUUCCUUUGAUUGGCUGCGGGGGCAUUAGCAGUGGGGAGGAUGCAUACAAGAAAAUACGAGCCGGAGCAACUCUUGUUCAGCUCUACACGGCAUUUGCUUAUGGGGGACCUGCACUUAUUCCUCAGAUUAAGGCUGAAUUAGCUGCAUGCCUGGAAAGAGAUGGUUUCAAAUCAGUUCUUGAUGCAGUUGGUGCAGAUUGCAGAUGACUUUUAUCCACUUCUGAAUGCCGUGCUGUAAGCAGCAUAUAAUUAUUAUCAGUAGCUGUAGCGAUGUUCCUUUUUUGGCAAUAUGGAAGUUGCAAAUUUUGUUGGCUUCUUUUUAGUUUUUGUGCCUAAUUUAUUGCUAUGUGAUUGAGUUUAGCCACAUGUUCUGAUUCUUCUGAACUGUAAAGGCGAGCUAUUUUGGGCAACUCAGGCAAACUAUUUAUAAUGAGCAAUUGUUUGACAAUAAGGCCCUCAAAUCAUUGAGAUUUGAGAAGUACUUGUGUACAAUAGACCUAUCAAUAAUCUUCAUCCCAACUAUUGUAUAUUAAGUUUGAAUUUGAGUGUGAAGAUUUCUUUUAA